CAAACCUCCAAUUGAGUUUUAUUCCGGUAAACGUUGUCACCCCCCAACAAUUUGCAUGACUUCGAUUUGCUAAUGCUUUUAGACGGCAGAACGAUUAAAAUAGGGGUGGGUUAAAAAUCUCAUUAACAUAUAUGUUAAAGACCCCCGGUAAACUAAAGAUUUACUUGAAAAUGAAAAUAUCACUUCGCCUGUCAUUCCGCUGCGUCACUAAUCUCGUGCUCUCCUACUCGCUUUGUUUUGCUCACGCUGUUCACAGUUUAUCAAAUUUCGUUUACUAAGUUGGACUCUACUGAAUUUUGGAUUUGUUAAGGAUUUCCAAUGUCUCUACAUCGUUCUUCUAAUGGACCUCCACCGGCCAAACCACUUGUCGCUCUUCUAGAUGGACGUGAUUGCACCAUUGAGAUGCCUUUACUGAAAGAUGUAGCUACGGUGGCUUUUUGUGACGCAUCAUCAACCAGCGAAAUACACGGGAAAGUUCUUGAAGAAGCUGUUGGAGCUCUAAUGUGGCAUACUAUUUCAUUAACACGUGAGGAUCUUCAGAAGUUCAAAUCUUUAAAGAUUAUUGUGAGAAUAGGGAGUGGUUAUGACAACAUUGACAUAAAAGCAGCUGGAGAACUUGGUAUUGCUGUCUGUAACGUUCCAGGUUUUGGAGUUGAAGAGUCUGCAGACACUACCCUUUGUCAUAUCUUGACCUUGUAUCGUCGUACUUAUUGGCUUGCAAACAGUCUUCAAAUGGGCAAACGGAUUAAUGGACCGGAGCAUUUAAAAGAAGUUGCGAAUGGAUCAGCUCGGAUACGGCGAGAUACACUUGGCAUUGUGGGACUAGGUCGAGUUGGGACGGCUGUUGCUCUACGAGCUCAGGCUUUUGGAUUUCAUGUAACAUUUUAUGAUCCUUAUCUACCAGAUGGAAUUGAACGAUCGCUAGGUAUCGAACGUGUUUACAGCCUGCAAGAUCUUCUAUUUCAAAGUGAUUGUGUUACAUUGCAUUGUUCUCUUAAUGAACAGAAUCGUCAUAUGAUCAAUGAGCAUACAAUAAAGUUAAUGAGACCAGGUGCUUUUUUGAUCAAUACUGCUCGAGGAGGUUUAAUAGAUGAAGUAGCUCUUGCAGCUGCUUUAAAGGAGGGUCGAAUUCGUGCUGCAGCAUUAGAUGUAACUGAAACUGAGCCGUUUGUUUGGAGUAAUAGUGCUCUAAAAGAUGCUCCAAAUCUUAUUGUCACACCACAUAUGGCAUUUUACAGUGAAUCAAGUAUGCGUGAAAUGCGUGAAGCAGCUGCAAAUGAAAUUCGCAGAGCUAUAUUGAAUCGUAUUCCAGACUGUCUUCGAAAUUGUGUCAAUAAAGAAUUUAUGCCGAAUUCCGGUUCAUCAGGAUUUUCUCAUGGUUGCUCCAGCAAUUCUUUGUCAAAUAACAUCAGCAACAACCCUUUGCUUAAUAACAGUCAUCUAUCCCUUGCAGCAGGACUAGAAAGCGCCGCACGUGGUCUACAUCCUGCUGCUGCAGCUGCAGCCUUCGGACUUUCUGCAGGCCUGUUUUCUUCUGCAGCAGGCGGAGGCGGUGGCUUGGGAGUAGGUGCUAACAGUCUUCCAUUCCCUGCUAAUCUAAUCGGUGGUUCAGGAAUAGGCCUGUCGAAUGCCGGUGGUGGUAUUUUAACUAACAGUGGUGGUCCAACAACGAUUCCAGCCUUACCUCCUCCACCUGCUGUUGCUGCAGCCGCCGCAGCUCACUUAGCUGGUCUUCCUCCUGUCUCUGCAUAUGCCAAUUUCUUCCCUCCUGGUUUGGCCGCUGGCCUAGGCCUUCCACUUCCUCCUCCACAUGGUCCAUCUAUUGGUAACGUUUCUGGGUCGAUUGGAGGCACAACUACUGGGGCUUCAACGAGUGUCACUACAGGCAGUUGUAGUAAUAAUUCGACUUCUGGUUCAGGAGGUCAAACAGUCAGCUCCCCUUCACCUGCCACCAGUGGGUGUAUUCCCGGUGUAUCCAGCAGUACAUUCGACAGUGUACACGCAAGGCUUGCUGCUGCUGCCAGCCUAGUUGCAUCAGGUCUUAACCCGAGUUCUAUUAUCGCAUUUCAAAUUGAAAAUAAAUCACUACCUGAAUAUCUUGGUGACAGAUAUAGAGUGUAGUGCUCAGCAAUAUAGUUCUUUUAGCACUGAGUGUUAUAAUUGAGAACCAACCUGUCAUCCUAUUACAUGUAUGAAAAACUAUUUUUCUAGUUGGAUUAUACGCGGCAAUUAUGAUCACUUGUUAUUACGUAAUUAAUUGAAUUUAGUUCUUUGUAUCAAUGUUUACGCACCUGGUAAUUCACUUAGUUUAACUCUUAAUUAGAAGUAAUAAGACACUGAAUGAUUAGUGGUUAAAUUCUAGAACUGAAUCGUUUAAAAUGUGCAGAUAUAUCUCACUAGUGGUUUAAACACUCAACUUUUAACCAAUGGGUCUUGGGUUCGGGUUGCACUGUGUAUGUUAUCUCACCUUGGGCAACUGGGCAAUGUCAUCAGCUAUAACAGUAUGUCUGGUUGAUUUUUCGGUAAAUAAAAAUUCUGUUCCGGUUGACUGAGUUGUAAUUAACUCCAAAAAUUAUCAUUUUGUGCAUCCAUUAUAAUUUUUUAAAAAUUAUUUUAUUCCUUUACGUUCCUAGUGGAACAUAAGGCUUCAAGUUAGAGGCUUGAAGUUUCGGUAGCAGUGGUGUUUAUUUUUACGGGAUGGGGUUGCUAG